GAAGAAGAGAUGAAGAUGCUGCACUUGGCUCUGAUUCUGCUCUCGCUGUCCGAUGUUCUCACUCAGAACAAUAUCUGGGGAGUGAAAUAUGCUGAUAAUCAGAUCUGUGCUGUGAGAGGAUUCAGUGUCUCCAUUCCCUGUAGUUAUUAUUAUCCAACAUCAAAACCCAACAUUCAGGUGACACAAAAGCUUUGGUGCUCAAUGAACUCAAACAAAGAUCUGUGUCAUCACCCUCCAUACGUUUAUAACAGUUUAUCAAACACCAAAUCAGACUUUGAGUUCACUGGAGACAACAAAUCAGACUGUACUUUAUUAAUCCACAAUGUACAGUUCAGUUAUUCUGGAGAAUAUAGAUUUAGAUGUAUAACGAAUGUGGAAAAAUGGACAGGGUACCCUGGAGUUACUCUACAAGUUACAGAUUUAAAGGUGUCACUAAUCAGACUCAGUGGAAACGGACCCUUUAAACCAGGAGACUCGUUAAAUCUGACGUGUGAUGUGACCUGCACACAAAGUUCCUCACAGUUUGUGUGGUCUAAGAACAACGAGCUCUUACCUGAAUCAGGAGCCGUUCUUCACUUUCCUGCUCUGACCCUGAGGGAUUCUGGGAAUUACACCUGCACUUGGAAAACCAGCACGACAUCAGGAUCUAAAAUCAUCAGCCUUCAGGUCGAGGAUGUUCUCACUCAGGACAGUAAAUGGAGAGUGAAAUAUGCUGAUAAUCAGAUCUGUGCUGUGAGAGGAUUCAGUGUCUCCAUUCCCUGUAGUUAUUAUUAUCCAAUAUUAAAUCCCAACAUUCAGGUGAAACAAAAGCUUUGGUGCUCAAUGAACUCAAACAAAGAUCAGUGUCAUCACCCUCCAUAUGUUUAUAACAGUGCAUUAAACACCAAAUCAGACUUUGAGUUCACUGGAGACGACAAAUCAGACUGUACUUUAUUAAUCCACAAUGUACAGUUCAGUUAUUCUGGAGAAUAUAAAUUCAGAUUUAUAACUGAUAUCAGUGUUGGCAGAUGGACAGGAGACCCUGGAGUUACUCUACAAGUUACAGAUUUAAAGGUGUCACUAAUCAGACUCAGUGGAAACGGAACCUUUAAACCAGGAGACUCGUUAAAUCUGACGUGUGAUGUGACCUGCACACAAAGUUCCUCACAGUUUGUGUGGUCUAAGAACAACGAGCUCUUACCUGAAUCAGGAGCCGUUCUUCACUUUCCUGAUCUGACCCUGAGGGAUUCUGGGAAUUACACCUGCACUUGGAAAACCAGCACGACAUCAGGAUCUAAAACGUUCAGCCUUCAGGUCGAGGAUGUUCUCACUCAGGACAGUAAAUGGAGAGUGAAAUAUGCUGAUAAUCAGAUCUGUGCUGUGAGAGGAUUCAGUGUCUCCAUUCCCUGUAGUUAUUAUUAUCCAAUAUUAAAUCCCAACAUUCAGGUGAAACAAAAGCUUUGGUGCUCAAUGAACUCAAACAAAGAUCAGUGUCAUCACCCUCCAUAUGUUUAUAACAGUGCAUUAAACACCAAAUCAGACUUUGAGUUCACUGGAGACGACAAAUCAGACUGUACUUUAUUAAUCCACAAUGUACAGUUCAGUUAUUCUGGAGUCUAUAAAUUCAGAUUUAUUACUGAUAUCAGUGUUGGCAGAUGGACAGGAGACCCUGGAGUUACUCUACAAGUUACAGAUUUAAAGGUGUCACUAAUCAGACUCAGUGGAAACGGAACCUUUAAACCAGGAGACUCGUUAAAUCUGACGUGUGAUGUGAACUGCACACAAAGUUCCUCACAGUUUGUGUGGUCUAAGAACAACGAGCUCUUACCUGAAUCAGGAGCCGUUCUUCACUUUCCUGAUCUGACCCUGAGGGAUUCUGGGAAUUACACCUGCACUUGGAAAACCAACACGACAUCAGGAUCUAAAACCAUCAGCCUUCAGGUCGAGGAACAUCCUGAUCAGUGGUCAAUCUGGAUGAUAGUUUGUGUGAUUGCUGGAUUGAGUCUCAUCAUCUCAGGAGCUGUGAUUUACAGCAGGAGGAGGGUCCACACUGAGCAGCAGAAGAAGGAUGAUUCUGAUCUUCACGCUAAAGUCCAGGAGAUGGAAAGCGAUUCUGAUAUCUAUGCUAACAUCCAGCAGAAGGAGGAUGAUUUUGAGCUCUAUGCUAAUGCAUAAUAGCACUUACCUGAUCGCACCUCGUGAUGUUCACACUUCACGUUCGGCUCAGUCUUCAGCUUGUGAGUUUCUUCUGUGAUCUGAAACAGACUGUUAAACAGCAUAUACACUUCCUGUGUGAUGCUUUUGCGCUUCAUCAUUUACUGCUUUUUAGAAUGUUCUGCAUCUAAAUUUGAGCAGUUGUCUAUUGUUCUUUCUCUUGUAAGCAGCACCUAAUAGAUUAGAUUAGUUUAGAUUAGAUUAUUACUUGUGCUGUAUAAUCUUUAUACAACUGAUGACAAAUGAAAUCUACACAACCUGAAACAGACUCAACACUUGUCUGUAUACACGCCCUAUUUAUCAAACAUUUCUAAUAGCUGU